AUGAUUGAAGAAACAUCAGUUGUGAGCAAAACAGCAAAACCCCUUGAUGUUGAAGCUGAUUGUACCGAUCCUCCACCAAAGGAUAAAUUUAGACUGACAUAUAUUAUUUUCUUUUUCAUUGGUAUUGGUACGCUUUUACCAUGGAAUUUCUUCAUUACUGCAAAUCAAUACUUCCAGUACCAACUCCGCAAUCAAAGCCUUCCAGCCGAUGCUGAUCCCAUGAUUCCUAUGCACAGAACUGAGCUCCAGAAAGUCUUCUCAACCUACCUUACAAUUUCAUCUAUUGUCCCCGCAACACUGGGAAAUUUCCUCAAUCUUGGUAUUAAAGAUUGGCUCCCGGUUUAUCCUCGUUUAAUUGGAUCUUCUGCAAUCAUGCUAACCAUCUUUAUUAUCACUACUGCAUUAACAAAAAUCGCUAUUAACACGCGUAUUUUCUUUGCUCUAACACUUAUCACCGUUGCAAUUAACAAUGUUGCAAGUGCAAUCAAUCAGGGUAGUACCUAUGGUGUCCUUUCUAUUCUACCGGGAAGCAAUGUGCAAGGUUUUCUUGAGGGUCAAGCGGUCGCUGGUAUCAGUGCCGCUGUCGCCAGUAUAAUCGCAAUUGCAGCCGCCAGCAGCCCAACGGGAGUCGGUUUCGCGUACUUCCUAAUCGCAGUGAGCAUCAUUGCUCUCACAAUUUUCCUCUUUAUUGUGCUCUUCAAGAAUCCCUACUUCCAGUACUACUGGAGUAGGCGGAAUGUGGCUACGCAAGACCACACAUCCUUAAAUGGCAAAAUCAAGAACACUUUCAGAAACCUCUAUCUUGCAAUGUACGAUGUGAAAUGGACCGGUAUCACCACCUUCUUCAUCUUUACCUGCACUCUUUCAAUUUUUCCGAGCAUAUUUAUUCUUCUAGUUCCUAAUAAUUUCGACGCAAACAGUGUUUGGCACACUAAGUACUUCCAUGCUGUCGUCAUCUUCUUGAAUUUUAACAUUUCCGACUACAUUGGUCGUAUGCUUGUUACCUGGUUCAAAUGGCCCAGGUUUGAGCAACGCCGGAUCCUCAUGUUCUUGGUUAUAGCCCGCUUCCUCUUUGUACCUCUGGCUCUGUUCUGCAAUAUUAACUCGGACAAUAUUCCAACUCUCUUUUAUCACGAUUCGAUUCCAUUCAUCAUUGUGAUGCUUUUGGGUCUUACCAACGGAUAUUUUGUGUCCUUAGCUGUCACCUACGCUCCCAAAUAUGCAAGCCCGGGUAAUGAAGAAGGCUGUGGUAUUGCUACAUCAACCUACAUUGCCCUCGGUCUUGUUACGGGUGUUGCUAUGUCCUAUGGACUUGUGGCUCUUGUUUAG